UUCUCUCCGCGCUCCCAGCCCGCCGCCGGGAGAAGGCGGGCAGCAUGGGCGAGCGGGCGGCGCCGGGCCCGCUGCUGCUGAGCGCCGCGCUGCUGGCCGCGGGCUGCGCGCUGGGCCUGCGCCUGGGCCGCGGGCGGGCGGCGGCGGAGCGCGCGGCGCUCGCCUGGCUCUGCGCCGACGCCCUGGUGCACGGCGCGCUGGAAGGCUCUUUUGUCUACUUGUCUUUCAUGGGAAACAUUGCUGACUCUGAAGGCUUCCUUGCUUCCUUGUGGAAAGAAUAUGGCAAAGCUGAUGCAAGAUGGCUUCAUUUUGACCCAACCAUUGUGUCUGUGGAAAUCCUGACUGUGGCCCUGGAUGGUUUUCUGGCAGUGGUCCUGGUGUACGCCAUACUCAAAGAGAAAUAUUAUCGGCUUUGCAGAGAGCCCAAAGGAUGUAAGAAUGGCGACUCAUCUUGGAAUUUACACCGUAUCUGGGGAGACCACAUACCAACACGUGGAAGUGUCCUAGUUCAGGCAUGGGUGUUCGGAGGGAGGAUAAACAUGGCUGCAGUGUGCAGGCAAAGCUUCCUGCAGAGGUGGGAUUGGAAGGUCCUUUGUUUAUUAUUUUUAAUAGCAAUAAUCACCCCUCAGAUAAACCUCAUUGGCUCUGAUACUGCCAUGGGGAAAGCUGAAGGUCCUGUAAUAGUGGACGGAAUCUGACCAGGAAAACAUCUGAAGCCCAAGGAACAGCAGAGGUUCCUUAAGUUUGUGUGAGCUGGAGGACGGCGCCUCUGUUAGGGUCCCUACGUAACUACAAGGACCUCCGGCUGACAUGGGAGCUUGAUGGGCCAGAGCACAAAAGCAGGGGCAUCAGAAGUCCCAGGACGGGGCCACGGAGCCUUGCAUCCUGUGGAGAGCAAACACCUCAGAAUCCAGUGAGGUGGAAGGCUGUCAGAGUUGCCCUUGGACUCUGAGGCUGUCAAACCCCACCUUCCACCCAGAGACUUGUAUGUUUCACAUUCCGGAACUCGCCACAGGUAAUUCUACGAGACUGAUUUGGUGUUCAUUCUCCCCCAGCAGAAGAUGGACCAGCAGGGAAUGGUGACCAGCCCUACCUAGGCAUGGGUCUUAGGAUAUUUUGCUUUGUUGUCCUUCUUCCCAAAUCUUACCCAGGGCCACGAUAGAAGGAGAUUCUCUGGGGCUUAUUUUAACUAAAGACUCCUGCCUUCAGUAUGUGGGGCUGUUAAGCACUCUCAGAGCUACCUGCUGGCUCCCUUGUACACUGCCUCAUCCAGCAAGAAGCACACACGUGGAGCCGGACAAGAGCCUGGUACACGCUGGUGUCAGCGAGGAGACUGGGCCAAAGCAGGAGACUGUCAAGAGAUGGGAAGAAGGCCCAUAGCAGGCUGGGGCUGCUGCAGUGAUGGGAUCUCUGCUCAGAUUGAUGGUCAAGAGCAUGCACAUCAGUCAACAGACACCAGCUCACCCGCCAGCUUAUCUUCCUGCCUUGAGGACAUUUUCCUCGGACAGCGCUCAGCACAGCACCCUCCUGCCAGCGCCGCGGGAGGCUCCCUGCCACCGAUCACAAUUAACAGGCGGUCUGGCAACAGGACAAAUGGACCCUUUCCCAUGAUGGAGUCACAGAAAUGUUGAGUAAACCGUCAUAAAAUAAAUUUACUUAAUGUAUGCUGUCCCUGCACAAAAGAAAGGGAAGUCCUCGAUGGCGAAAGGAAGAGGAAAAUAACAGCCAGAGCCCGUAGAGGAGCCAAAUUUAGGUUCUCGGGCCGGAACUGAGUCAAUAACACCCGAAAGGAACGGGAGCUGUGGCCUUGGCCUUGCUUGGAGGAGAGACGCUUUUAAUCUGAGUUCCGCAGAAAAAGCAAAAGCAUCAGAGAGAUGCCCCUUCCCGAGAAGGGGAUUAGAAAACACCUCCCACCAGCUCAGGGGAGUCUGAGGAGGCCAUUGGUCUAGUUUGGGUGCAAAAGAGAAAGGUCACCUGUCAGAAGUUGAAUUCCUAAGGCCUGUGCCCUGAGAGUGCAGAGUCCAGGUUUAUUCUACCUGUGAGGCCCAUAACUCCCAAGCAGAGAA